AUGGAUUCAGACGAUGACUUUAUGAGCGACGUAACUAGUCAGCUGGAGGAGGAUAUGGAUUUCAUUGAUACCCAAGAAAGCGAUGAUGAAAGUCUAGGUGAAGAUUUCGACGCCGAUUUGGGUGCCUCCUUUACCGACGAUAAGGAUUUAAUGAACAAAUCACGAAAGCCUUAUGAAGUCGAUUUUUCAGUUUUAAGCCCAAAUGACAUACAGCGGGAGCAGAAUGUUCAGAUCAACGAAGUUUCCUCUAUACUCGGUCUCCCGCCAGAGUCGGCGGCGAUUUUGCUGCGGUUCGGCCGGUGGAAUAGAGAACGGAUAAUCGAAUCGUACAUGGAUCACCCUGAUAAGAUUCUCGAAGAGGCGGGGCUGGGAUUGAACUUCUCUGAAUCGCCGAAUACAGAAGUCGUGGAUGGUUUCGUAUGUGACAUUUGCUGUGAGGACGGGGAUGACUUGGAAACCUAUGCUAUGCGGUGUGGCCAUAGAUUUUGCGUUGAUUGCUAUCGCCACUAUCUGGCUCAGAAGAUAAAGGAGGAAGGAGAAGCGGCUAGGAUACAGUGUCCGCAGGAUCAGUGCCAACAGAUUGUCGAUUCGAAAUCGCUUGAGUUGCUGGUGACUAAGGACUUGAAAGAAAGGUAUCAUAUCCUUUUAACACGAACUUAUGUUGACGAUAAGACGGAUCUCAAAUGGUGUCCCGCCCCUAAUUGCGAAUAUGCAGUGAAUUGUGCUGUGAAAACUCGAGAGCUCGACCGGAUCGUGCCGACGGUACGAUGCUCGUGCACCCAUGCGUUUUGUUUCGGCUGCACGUUAAACGACCACCAGCCAACGCCCUGCGCUAUUGUUAAGAAGUGGGUGAAGAAGUGCAAAGACGAUUCAGAAACUGCGAACUGGAUAUCAGCAAACACCAAGGAGUGCCCCAAAUGUCAUUCGACGAUAGAAAAGAAUGGCGGGUGUAACCAUAUGACUUGCCGAAAGUGCAAGCACGAAUUCUGCUGGAUGUGUAUGGGCCUGUGGUCCGAGCAUGGCACGAGUUGGUAUAAUUGCAGCCGUUAUGAAGAGAAAUCCGGCAGCGAGGCGCGUGACGCUCAGGCGAAAUCUCGAAGAUCGCUUGAGAGAUAUCUUCACUAUUACAACCGAUAUGCAAACCACGAACAGUCAGCCAAGCUCGACAAAGAUCUCUAUUUAAAGACAGAGAAGAAGAUGAUGAAUCUCCAAGCCCAGUCAGGCAUGUCAUGGAUCGAGGUCCAAUUCCUCGACACGGCGUCUCGAACUCUCCAGGAGUGCCGGCAGACGCUCAAAUGGACAUAUGCAUUUGCUUUUUAUCUCGAACGGAACAACUUGACCGAAAUGUUUGAGGAUAACCAGAAGGAUCUAGAGUUGGCAGUAGAAAGCCUGAGCGAAAUGUUUGAGAAGCCUGUUUCAGAAUUGUCGGGUUUGAAACGCGAUAUUUUGGAUAAGACUGCGUAUUGCGAUCGGAGACGGUGCGUCUUGCUCGGCUAUACGGCUGAGAAUUUGAAGGCUGGAGAGUGGUCAUUUAAUGUUGAUAUUUCAAUGGCAUAG